AUGUCCAAGCGGACCAUCUUCACAACCGUCACCCCGCUCCCCUUGGGCCUCACCCGCGAUGUCGCAGUCGCCUUCCUCCAUGAUCACCUCCAAAUGAUCGAUCUCAACCCGCUCAUCAAGGACCGGCACCGCAUCCCACCGCCUCGCCACGCGCCCGACGAAGAAGUCAGCUGCGUGUGGUACUCCCUCACCGACAGGGUGUCGUACCUGCCCGGCGGCCUUGCCUCCAGCGACGUCACCUACACGGCUGCCUUUCACGACUUGCCGCGCGGCAUCCAGACGCACUGCUACGCGCCCAUGGGCGUCGAAACCCGCUCCAAGUGGUCCAUCGGGGGCUCCAUGCCCGGCGAACCCCUGGAGCCCGUGGAGCUGGGGCUCGGCGCCCCCACGACGGGCUUGUACCUGAGGGAGGACGUGGACCUGCGGUGCAAUAUCCUCAUGGCCAGGUUUGUCAAGAAGACGAUCAAGAAGAGCCACUCUACCCUGGUGGACCGCCUACACGAUCUCGCCAAGACCCAGACGAGCAGCGACAGCUCGACGGCAACGCUGCAGCAGCACCGGGAUGUGCAAACCACGCUACCGGGCUUCUCUUGGCAGCGCGACGACCACAUCCAGGGGCAUAGCAGGAAUGUGAGCAGUCCGGCCCUGACAAGCGGCACGAACCCGUUCAACGAUCGGCCGUUGCCGCCCACGCCACCGGCCGAGUUGUACGAUCAGAAGCCGCUGCCUUCAUAUCACCCCGUGGGGCGGCGUGAACCACGGGCCGCCGAACUUCAAUAA